AUGGGGUGGGGUGCGACAUUGACGUUCCUCCCUUUCGGCCCCCAAUGGCGCCUGCACCGGAGACUUUUGCAAACGAACCUCAGCCCCUCCAGGGUCCGCCAGUGGCAGAAGCUGCAGACCCAAGAGUCUCGGCGUGCCGCCAUGUCCAUCCUAGUCGACGAAAGCACUUGGAGACCAGCGCUAAAGAGGCUUUCCGUUGCCGUUGUGCUCAUGGUUAGCUACGGGAUACAAGUCGAUUCGGAUGACGACGAAUAUCUCAAGAUUGCCAAUGAUGCUAUUCAUGUGACUGGAAAUGGUGGUCUUCCGGCCGGUAGCAUUGUUGAUAUAUUUCCGUUUGCGCGACAUCUUCCUAACUGGCUUGUCCGGGAUUGGCCCCUGAAGUUUGCCCGGGAAUGGGGAUGGGCGAUACGGAGGUUGCACGAUGUUCCCUUUGCGGCGGUUCAGGCCGAAGUGGAUAUCGGCAUCAUAAGAGACUCCUUUGCGCAUGAUCUCCUUGCGGAGUCCAGGUCCAAUGAGAAGCACGGUCUGAACCUAUCAUUUACUCUCGAUGAUAUAAAGGGGGCUAGCGGCGCCAUCUUUAUUGCUGGCGCCGAUACGACCUGGGCGACACUUGUCGUCUUCAUGCUAUGCAUGGUGCUCUACCCGGAGGUUCAAGAAAAGGCACAUGCGCAACUCGAUUCCGUUCUGGGCACCGACCGACUUCCUGACUUCGCGGACAGGCCCCUGUUACCUUACAUCGACCUUAUCCUGCAGGAAAUGGGCACCUCUCGCGCCGUUAGGGUAAGCGAGCUUCUCAACGGCACAUUAGGCCGGGAUAAUAACAACCCCGUCAUUAGUUCCACUGUCUUUGCCAACGCCCAUGCCAUGAGCAGAGACGAACGCAUCUACAAGGAUCCGGAAUCCUUUAACCCGGAUAGGUACGAUCCCUCCUCUCACGGAGCGCCUGGGGAGCCCCGCCCUGUUGGGCAUUUUGGCUUCGGCAGGAGAUCAUGUGUUGGACAAUUCCUCGCAGACAACACCUGCUGGAUAGCCAUCGCCACCAUCCUCUCCGCCUUCAAGAUCGACAAAAGAUGUGACGAACACGGCGUCACAGUCGAACCCACCAUCAAGUUCACAAACGGUGGUACCUGGCUCCGAAGCUAA